CAAUUUAUUUUCUAUUUUAUUUUUCCUUUUAAUUUGUUUUCUUUUCCUUCACAUUAUACCGAGUACGACAUCGGAGACUGAGGGCGGCGGAGAGCUUCAUCGGAGCUGUUCUACGGCGGCCCUCUCGACCUCCAUUAUUCUCGGUUGAAUAAAAGCUUCAAAAAAAGAAGAAAAUUCGAAAAAACCACAAAAAAUUAUUUGAAUUUGGUUACUUUAUUUUUGCACAUUUGAUUUCUUUCAGAUCUCAUGAUUACGUGUUCGUUAUCGUGGCGGUUUCUGAGUUGUUGAUGCGACGAUCGCAUGCCCGUUCUAGGGUGAAGAGUAAACCAGAUAAAUCAGAUAUGGAUCCGAUUAAGUUCCAGAUCCGUUCCGGCAACCGAGCACCGUCUUAUUCGUCGACGUACACGCUCACGAAAUCCAAUUCAAAACACGCGAAAUCGAACCUCUUGUUAACCGUCGCUUCCAUCGCCACCGUGUUUGGGUUUCUCUUUGUUUGCUAUUCAAUUAUAGUCUCCGACGGUAACCGGAGAGGGCCGCUUCGUUACAGCGUCGUGAUCGACGGUGGAAGUACGGGGACCCGAAUCCACGUGUUUGGGUACCGGAUUGAGUCGGGUAAACCCGUUUUUGAAUUCCGGGGAGCGAAUUACGCUAGUUUGAAGCUGCAUCCGGGCCUGUCGGCGUACGCUGAUGAUCCCGACGGAGCGAGCGUGUCAUUGACGGAGCUGGUGGAGUUCGCGAAAGGGAGAGUUCCGAGAGGAUUGUGGAAGGAGACUGAAGUAAGGUUAAUGGCGACGGCGGGAAUGAGAUUGCUUGAAUUACCUCUUCAGGAAAAGAUUCUUCAGGUUACGAGAAGAGUUCUUAAAGCCUCUGGGUUCAUGUUUCGAGAUGAAUGGGCCUCUGUUAUCUCUGGAUCUGACGAAGGUGUAUAUGCUUGGGUUGUUGCAAAUUUUGCUCUCGGUUCACUUGGUGGUGACGCUCUUAAAACAACCGGAAUUGUUGAACUUGGUGGGGCUUCUGCGCAGGUGACAUUUGUGUCAAGUGAGCCAGUGCCUCCUGAGUUCUCACGUACGAUAUCAUUUGGAAAUGUUUCAUACAAUCUCUACAGUCACAGCUUCCUUCAUUUUGGGCAGAAUGCUGCACAUGAAAAGUUAUGGGGCUCGCUUGUCUCAAAAGACCAGAAUUCAGCUGUAGAACCUACACGGCAAGGAAUGUUUACAGACCCAUGUGCUCCGAAAGGUUACAACCUCGACGCAAACACACAGAAGCAUCUAUCUGGUUUUUUGGCAGAAGAAAGCAGAUUUUCAGCUUCUUUUCAAGCUGGGGGCAAUUACUCAGAGUGUCGAUCCGCUGCACUAACAAUCUUGCAAGAAGGAAAUGAUAAAUGCUCGUAUCAGCAUUGUUCUAUUGGAUCGACUUUCACCCCUAAGCUUCGAGGAAGGUUUUUAGCUACAGAAAAUAUCUUCUACACCUCUAAGUUUUUCGGAUUGGGAGAGAAGUCGUGGCUGUCAGAUAUGGUUUCUGCUGGAGAGAGAUUCUGUGGAGAAGAUUGGUCGAAGCUGAGAGUAAAAGACCCGUCACUCGAAGAAGACGAUCUUCUUCGGUAUUGUUUCUCAUCGGCAUACAUUGUGUCAUUGCUUCACGAUACUCUCGGCAUUCCUCUUGAUGAUGAAAGAAUCGGGUUUGCGAAUCAAGCAGGAGAUAACAUACCACUUGACUGGGCCUUGGGGGCAUUCAUUCUACAGACUGAAGCAUCGACCACUCAACACACAGCCUCUAGUAACCUCCAUUGGUUCUAUGCUCUGUUCGGUAAUAACUCGAAGACGCUUUUCUAUAUCAUCGGGAUACCAAUCCUUGUGACAGUUUUGGUGUGUUUGGUAUCUAAGUGGAGAAAACCUCAGCUGAAAACCAUAUACGACCUUGAGAAAGGUCGGUACAUAGUCACUCGGAUUAGAUGAUCUUGGUUUAACCUGGUUUUCGCAAGAGUCUAGCCUCUCAAAAAGCCUGUGAUUUUGGAGUACAUCUUGUGUAAGGUGAGCUUUGUUUCAAACGAGCAGCAUCUGAGUUGUAUUAGAUCAAUGGCUUGGCAAUUACCAUUUGCUGUGGGAAUCAUGGGAUAUGAGAGUACAUUAGUGUAUUGUAUGGGGAUAUAUACAUAAUUAUGAUUGAAAAGCUCUUGUGCAAUAAGGUUAUGUUUAGAUUAUUAACCAUUUGUAUUGUCAAAAAAAAAAAAUUAACUUUGAUAAUAUAGUUUUCCUUUGAAAGAAAAAUCUCUCGUUAAUUACUAUACAUUAAUUUAAUCAUUAAUUCUGUCAAAUGCAUUUGUUUAAUUUUCAGUUUUAAAAAUUUAUAUGUUUUACUUGACGAAACUAAUCUUUAUACAUUGACUUCAGAA